CUCUAUGCGAAAACUCAAAAUAAUCGUGGUCGAUUGGAUCGUGCAAAUAUGGGGCUGUAUUCUCUAUUUGACUAUGAGCGUCAGGCUAAAGAAACACUUAAUAAAACUGCAUGGGAGUAUAUCAACUAUGGAAGGGAACGAAAGUGGUGUUUUCAUGAUAGCAUCCAGGCAUUUUCGAGAUACCGGAUAAGAAGCCGAGUUCUCCAGGAUGUUUCAAAGCGUUGCCUAGCAACAACAGUGCUUGGUCAGUCGAUCCCUUAUCCAAUAUGUAUAUCACCUACAGCUUCUCAUUACUAUGCUCAUCCAGACGCUGAAAGGGCAACAGCUAAAGGAGCUGAAGCUGCAAAAGCAUUGAUGAUACUCUCUUGCGAUGCUACCUGUUCCAUGGAUGACGUCACCGAGGCAGCACCCGAGGGACUCAGAUGGAUGAACAUCUAUCCCUUCGCAGAUCGUCAGCUUACGGAAUAUACCAUUCGUAAAGCAGAGAAACUCGGAUUCAAGGCUAUUGUUGUCACUGUGGAUUCUCCGGUACCGGGUAUAGAUGGGGCUGUAGAUGAACUUUUGUAUGGAGUGACCGACCCCCUCCAUCGCAUGCCCAUCUAUGAUGUCGAUAUUCCCUCAGCUCGUGCUGCUGACCAGACUAACAUGACAAAUCACUGGAAGUACGUGGACGAGCAGCUUUUCAACCCAAAAGCUACAUGGGAAGACAUACGAUGGAUGAAGAAAAUCACUUCCUUGCCAAUUGUCUGCAAAGGCAUACUCACAGCUGAAUCUGCUUCCGAUGCAGCAAGGGCAGGGGUUGAUGGGAUACUUGUAUCAGCACACGGUGGAAGACAGUUGGAAAGUUCACCAGCUCCGAUCGAUGCAUUGUCUGAAGUCGUUGAGGCUGUCCGUGAUCAAGGAAUCGAGGUCUACAUGGAUGGAGGCGUAAGGACGGGAACUGAUGUCUUCAAGGCUCUUGGACGAGGUGCAAGGGCCGUGUUCCUGGGCAGACCCAUCCUCUGGGGACUCGCUUGUCAGGGGCCUGCUGGUGUCAAAGAAAUACUGGACAUUCUUCGUAAACAACUUGAUACAAUUUUAGCGUUGGCAGGUUGCACAUCUCCGAAUGAUAUCCCCCAAGGAACGAUUGUCCACGAAUCGUACUACCAUAAGCCACGAUGAGCAGACAAUAAAUAAUUAGACGAAGUUUCCAAGGAGAAGGCUGGGGCUUAAAUCCGUUUCCUGCUUUGCUUUUUUCUUCUCUUUUUGUUAAGGAGUGGCACAAAUCUAGAUCAUGACUUUAUCGCCCUAUUAAACGAGAAAGCGAUGCGACCAAGGAAAAUAAUCGACACCCUCGUGGUUAAAGUGCUGUAUUUCAUCGUGAAAAUGUAGGCCUUCAUAUAUAUGUUGCUGACAGUGCCCGCUUUCCGGAAUCAGAUAGCAUCAACAAUCCUGUAUACAUCUAAGCAAUCAAGCGAUAACAAUUUGGAACAUUUGUACUGUGGAUAUAAUCUUUCAUCAAACAUAAAAAAAUAUACAUACCUUCUCAGAAAUGUUUUUAGGCCUAAAUUUCUCAAUUCGUUUUUACUGAUAAGUGCUGUUAUCGUGCAAUGCCCUAGUCACACUGUCACAAUGAUUGACCAUCGAUCGGUUUAUUUGGAAUCGGUUUCGUUGGUGUGACUGUGGCCUAGCUUGGUAGAAUGAGGAAAGGGGAGAAACGAAAUGAGUAGGUAAAAUAAAGUGAGAGAAAGGAUGGAGCGAACGGGAGGAAGAGUGAAAGAGAGAGGGAGAGGGAAGAGAGAAAGAACAACCUAAUUUCUCCCUAUUCCCUUCCCUUCUCCGCUAGCUAUUUACUAGAUUGUCACAAUAAGCGUGCUGCAAUCUUGCUGCCACCUUUUAACUAGCUUGAACCACAAUAACCAGCUUGCGACUAGCUAGUUCGUAAAUGAGUUGCACGCUCGCUUGCUCAAUUAAAUAACUGAGCUGGCAGCAAUCUUGCAAUGUUACUGUAUAGCUAGUAUACUAGCUUACAGAAAAAGAAGCUAGUUUGUAUAAUAGAGGGCUAGAUAGUGACAAGAUUGUCAUAAAAUUAUCAAGUUAGUUGCAAGCUUGCUGCAAGCUAAUCGAUCGAGCGAGCGCGCACCUCAUUUACAUUAUUUGAAACGAAACUAGCUAGUCGCAAGCUAGUAACCUUUUUUCCAAAUGUAUGAAAACGUGUAUAAGGGUGUUUCCCCCCUUUUCACACCGCGCGGUUUCUUUUUAUCCUUUAUUUCGUAUAUUACUUUUUAAAAUCACAUUUGCUACUUUCUUUGUGACAACUUUUGUAUACUAUCGUGACUUUAUAUUCUCUUUUUUUUGUUGAA